AUGAGGUUUCUCACAGGGUCUAUUAAAGAUUGGGAAUACAUCAUGAAGCAAGCCUUUGAUUGCCUGAAACCAGGCGGUAUUCUUGAGAGCUCAGAGCCAUCGUUCUUGGUCGAGAGCAGCGACGGUACAGUUAAUGAAGAGAGCGCCUGGUCCGGCUGGUACAAUAUAUUCGAGAGAUACGGCUCAACAUCUGGCCAAACAUUUUCUGUUGUGCCGCAGAAUGUCCAAGUAAAUGCUAUGAACCAGGCAGGUUUCCAAAACUUAGAGGUGUUCGAAUGCGAGAUACCAAUUGGCGCGUGGCCGCAAACCGAAGAGAAAAAGAAGUUAGGUAAGUACGCAGAAACAAUGAUGCAAACGGACAUGUUGGGCUGUUUGCUAUGGCCAUGCACUUCGAAUGGUUGGACGUAUAGCCAAAUCAAGGAUUAUAGCUCCAGGCUACAAAAAGAAAUGGAUUCGAUGCGAACGCACCCCUUUUUUCGACUGAAGAGCGUUUGGGGCCGCAAGCUGUAA